GGGGGCCUUUCCAUUGCAGACGCAGCCAUGGCUCGUGGACCCAAGAAGCAUUUGAAGCGUGUUGCAGCUCCCAAGCACUGGAUGCUGGAUAAGCUGACCGGUGUCUUUGCACCUCGUCCAUCCACUGGUCCCCACAAGCUCCGCGAGUGUCUGCCCCUCAUCAUCUUCCUAAGGAAUCGAUUGAAGUAUGCUUUGACUGGUGACGAGGUCAAAAAGAUUUGCAUGCAACGUUUCAUUAAGAUCGAUGGCAAAGUCCGAACAGAUAUUACAUAUCCAGCGGGAUUUAUGGAUGUCAUCAGCAUUGAGAAGACUGGUGAACAUUUCCGUCUGGUAUAUGACACCAAGGGUCGGUUUGCCGUCCACAGGAUCACAGCCGAAGAGGCCAAGUACAAGCUCUGCAAAGUGAGGAAGACCUGGGUAGGAACUAAAGGAAUCCCUCACUUGGUAACACACGACGCCCGUACCAUCCGUUAUCCAGAUCCUCUGAUUAAGGUCAAUGAUACUAUCCAGAUUGACCUCGAAACUGGAAAGAUCACAGACUUCAUAAAGUUUGAUACAGGAAACCUGUGUAUGGUGACUGGAGGAGCCAACUUGGGUCGUGUUGGUGUCAUCACCAACAGAGAGAGGCACCCUGGCUCAUUUGAUGUGGUCCAUGUGAAGGAUGCCAACGGUAACGGCUUCGCCACCAGGCUGUCUAACAUUUUUGUCAUUGGAAAAGGUAACAAGCCAUGGAUCUCACUGCCUCGUGGAAAGGGUAUCCGCCUGACCAUUGCCGAGGAAAGAGACAAGAGACUUGCAGCCAAGCAGACCAGUGGUUGAACGCCAUCACUUUCCUUUAUAAAAUAAAUCUCUUUACCAAUAAAAAAAAAAAAAAAAAAA